GAUUGAUUUUAUAUACAAGUGAUUCCGAUCUCUUCAUCGUGCCUGGCCAAAUGGCUGCCCAUUUUCCUUCCGGUCUUGUCAAGGACUCCAUGUUGAAGGAUGGCUUUGUACCAGAUGUUGCAGAACUAAGGAAACGAGCGCAACACCGAUGGCUUAGUGCAGCUGAAAUAUUAGAAAUAAUGAAGAACCAUGAAAGGCUUUAUAUAUUCAACGCUCAAAGACUAAAAAAGCCUACAAGUGGUUCAUUCUUUGUAAUUAAGCGUCACAUGGUGAGAGAGUUCAAAAAAGAUGACCAUAAUUGGACUAAGAAGAAGGAUGGAAAGACUAUUCAGGAAGCCCAUGAGAAACUCAAGGUCGAUAAUAUUGAGAUGUUACAGUGCUUGUAUGCCCAUGGACAAGAAAAUGAAAAUUUUCAAAGACGAAUUUAUUGGAUGAUUCAAGGGGAACCUUCAGACAUAGCACUUUUUCACUAUCUAGAAAUCAAGAGAACUAGGAAAAGAUGUGAACCAGAAAAUGACAUAUCGGAAGAGCGUCCUGCACCUGCUCGUAGCUUUGGUGAAUGUCAUAAUAUUUGCCUACAGAAUAUCGUCUGGCAGGAUCGUGCAUCUAAUAUUUGUGAAAGUCUGCAUAGAAGAUUUGAAAAUCUGUUGUCUCUGAGUUUUACAUGUACAAAUUAUUCUGACAACAAUAUAAGAAAAGUACCAGCAUUGUACCAUAAAAUAAAAGAGUCACUAAACGAGGAAGACAAUGACUGGGGAAAGAUGUCAAUACCAAAUUUAGAGAAGAAAAUUUCAUCAGAAAUGAUAAAGGAGAAGAUUUUGAAGGAGAAGUUACAUUUGUGGCUCUUACAGAAGGUAGUUGAAGGUGGAAGUGGACUUACUAUGUUAGAUAAAGGUGGUCAAGGUGUAAUACAUUUUGCUGCUGCUCUUGGUUAUGAUUGGGCCUUAAAAGCCAUAGUUGCGGCAGGAGUAGACAUCAAUUUCCCUGAUGUGAAUCGAUGGACUGCACUUCAUUGGGCAGCAUCUUGUUGUAGACCGCAUACGGUUUGGUACCUCAUAACUCUCGGUGCGCUAUCUUAUCCAAAUCCAGAAGCCCUUUUGGCAAAACCAUUGUAGAUUUGGCUUCUGAGAAGGAACACCAAGGAGCUAAUGCUCAUUUGUGAUUUGAACUCUAAAAUGUUCCAAUAAUGCUAUGUAUAUGUAUGUAUGCAUAUAGCACUACUGCUCAAGUUUGGUUUGGACUGGGAAGGAUCUUGAUUUGUCCGGAACUUAUCAGAGAAAAAGCAAUCCAGACAGUAUUUCACUAUAAUAUGUUUUCAAACUGAGUCUGUUUUUAUAAGUUCUUAUUUUGGUCUAAUGUGAAAAAGUUUUUAAUCUUGAAUUUCUCUAAA